AUGUACACAACCCAUAUGCCACCUCCAGCUCCACACGGAGCUGGCAUGCCUCAGUCUCGAACUUUGUCGGUAGACCUUUCAUGGCGAAAGCGCACAUUUCACAUCACCGACACCGACCAAGCCAACCAACCCGAAUUAUACUCUAUUCACUGCCACUCCAACUCGGACCGUACCUUAUCCAUCUACUCAAUGCCCGCAAACCAACUCAUCGGCACCAGCACCAUCUACUCUGGCAACUCCAGUCCCGACUACGAGCUCUACGGGUUCAAGGGAAUUAUCCGGGCCGAGAAACAUCUACGUACCUCAUACAGCUUCCCGUCUUGGGCAUACGCUAAUCCAACCACUCGGAUGCCCGUCCAGAUGACAUGGAUCAGCCAGGGGGGUCUCAAAACAUGGGAUUUUGUCUGUGUGAAUGAACGGCAGGACACCGUCGCCAAAUUCACCGCCAACAUGUGGGCAAUGAAAAAUGUGGGCAUGAUCGAGAUGCUGGGUCCGAAAGCCUUUGAUCGUACCGCCUGUGAUGAGAUCGUCGUGGUUGGACUGACUCUAUACUACGGCUGGCUCAUGCGGAUCAGCGGCCUUCCACUCGGCUCGGUCGGUUCCGCCUUGUCGUCUACGGAUAAGAGGAAGAAGAAGAAGAAGAAGGAGAAGAAGUGCAAGGAGAAUGGCACAGCCGAGUCUUUGGGGGAGAUGGGAGAUGUCAUUGGUAUUCUUAACGAUGCGGGUUUGAUUGGAUGA